AUGCUCGGUAUCAUACGAUCUGGCGAUGUGAAAGCUGCAGGAUGCUUCUGGCUAGGCAUGGAUAGAAUUGGUGCGAAGGCGCCGCUGCUCAUUCAAGCCGCUAUCAUCGAUGGCUUUGCCGCCCUGAAAAGGUUUGAUCACGUGCGAGCUGCCUGGCUUGUGUUUCUAUCCGCUAGCGAAAAACCGACUGCAGUCGUCUAUCAGGCAUAUAUCCAAGCUUUGUUUGGAGAAGGACGUCUGAAGGAUGCGCUGGUGGAAUUCGAGCACUUUGAGCGAAGUUUCUGCGAGACCUCUGACACUCUGAGCGAUUCCACAGCCGUCUCGGUCUUCAAUGUGGUGUUUGAAUGGCUGGUUGAGCAAUCCCACUCCGAGGAAGCCAGGAAUAUCCUUGACCACAUGAAGAGGAGGAGACCGAAGCCAGACGCAGCCUCAUUCAACAUUUUUAUGAAGUGCCAUGGCCGAACCAGGAAUUUGCGCGGAAUCUCUAGCAUCCUGCAGGAGAUGGAUGCUUUGGGAAUGCACGGCGAUAUCUACACCGCCCCCAUGCUGUUACCCUUUACUCAGCUCGGACAAAUGCGCCACAGCUUGUCUUGGCUCUUUUGCACCAGAACGGAUGACACGGUGUUUGAAUCGGCCUUAGCCAUCAUCGAGCACAAGGAGGCGCGCGAUCACGAGCUAACACCAUCCGGCCACACAUUUGGUGUUGCUCUAUGUGGAGUCGAGCGCAGAGUGUGGAGCAGCCCAUCUCUGGCUGAUCACUAUCAACAUGUAGUCAUCGUUCUGCACGUCCUCCAAGCAUGCUGCAGAAACCCAAUGCCUGAAGCGAUGCAACAUGCCAUGGUGUAUUAUCGGAUACACAAGUGCAGUAGACAGAAGUUGUGGCACAUGGUGAACUGGUGGCAUCAGCUCUCUCCUGCUAUGUCAUGUUUGCUUGAACAGGCCAGAUCUCGCAAUAGUUUGGAUGUUAUGUAUCUGGAUGAUGAUUCGCAAUAG